AUGGUAGUCCGAAUCCAUGAUACAUUUUAUGAUGCUAAGGCAACCCUAUUAUCGGAUGAUGAUAUCAAGGAAAUUAGAGAAUCUAGAGGUAGAAUACCCAAUGCAUCAAAAAAAAUGGCUGAUAAAUUUCAUAUUGGUCCUAAGCGUGUUUAUGAAAUAUGGGAUAAUAAAGAGCGCCUCCAACAAGGGGUUAUUUUAUCUUCUUCUGAUCAGCCGACUUUGAAUAAAAAUUCCCAAACUGAUAAGACAGGACAGACUCUUAAAGCAGUAUCAGAAGUAUCAUCUAUACCCAUUCUGGUUACAGAGAUUCCAAAAAAGAAUGGUCGAAAAAAGAAGGUUAAAAUAGAUGAGAAGCCGGUUACUGAAGCAACCAGUAUAGUGGAAAAAAAUAACAAAAAUGGUGUGGUCUCUGAUAAUUCGUCUGAUACAUCCCGAGAAGAUAGGGCAGAAUCUCUUCUUAAAAAUCUAGUUAAUCGUGGUGAAAAGCUUAAGGGUUUAACAGCUCAUACC